ACCCCGGUAAUUCCCGGUCAACCUUCAGAUUUCAGCCUAAACAUCACUCCCUCCAGUAAGCCCUCCUUGACCUCAAGAGUGGGUCUCCCUUUGCCCCCAGCAGAUGAUCGGCCUGUUCCUAGGAUGUAGGGGUCUGUGUUUACCAGAUUCGUGGAGUCAGCGGGUCAGCGGAGGGAGUGAUGGGAUAAGGGAUGCAGAUGAGGAAGUUAAGGACACAGUCUCUGCCCGAGGAGAAAGUGAAGCCAACUUUCAAUUUCUUGAGUCCAGAUCAAUGCUUGGGGGAGCGACAUCAGCGUGCAGAGCGGCCGGUUCCAGGGCGGAAGUGCAUCCCUGGAGCCGUUCUAGGAAACUCGGAGGACCCAGCUUGUCGGUGAUCCUCGGGCAGAAGUGGGCAUUGCCAGACGCAAAAGGCCACUUCAGGAAGCUGGUGUGGGAGGCAACGGCGAGGUGGGGCUCGUGUGAGGGCGAGAACUGGGGCAAAGCAAGCCUGGAAACGGUGAGGAGUCGCCCGCCAGCCGACCACCUGUUCCUCCCGGGAGUGCGGCGCGUGCUGAUUGGCUGGAGUGUUGCCUGGGUACCGGAAGUGGCCGAUGCCCGUCGCCCGUGAAACCAAGACAACAGCUGCGGGUUCUGAGCGAGCGGGCGGAGAAGCUUGGGGAGCCCGACCGGAGCGAGUGUGGGGCGGUAGCUGCGUGAGAUUGUGAGAUGGGGACUGAGAACAAGGAGGUAAUUCCCAAGGAAGAAAUUUCCGAAGAAUCUCAGCCACAUGGGGCAUUUUUAGAAAAAAUGGAAGAAAAACUUCCAAAGGUGGUGUGCCAGGGUCAUGAGUUUGGAGCAGUGUGUGAAGAAGACAUAUUGGAGGGGCAUUCCGGAGAGUCCACAGAAAAGAUUCUGGGGCAGGAGUCAUCUGAGGAGAGAGACUUUGCAUCAGAGUUGAUUAUCUUUAAGAAAUCACCCUCCAGUGAGAAAGAUCAGGAGAAGGAUGAGAGUGAGCGAAUCUGCAGACUCAGCUCAAACCUGCUCACACGUCAGGGAGACACCACAUUAGAGGCAGUUAGCACAUUUGCUACUUCUGGCCAGAACUUCAUAGAGAAUUUAGGACCUAACAAAACACACAGAAGUUCUGUGGGAGAAAAGCCUCAUACAUGCAAAGAAUGCGGGAAAGCCUUUAACCAGAACUCACAUCUUAUUCAGCAUAUGAGAGUUCAUAGUGGAGAGAAACCCUUCGAAUGCAAAGAAUGUGGAAAAACAUUUGGAACUAACUCAAGCCUUCGAAGGCACCUGAGAAUUCAUGCUGGAGAGAAGCCCUUUGCCUGUAACGAAUGUGGAAAGGCCUUCAUUCAGAGUUCACAUCUCAUCCACCAUCAUAGAAUUCACACUGGAGAGAGACCUUAUAAAUGUGAAGAAUGUGGUAAAGCCUUCAGUCAGAAUUCAGCCCUUAUCCUACAUCAGAGAAUCCACACCGGGGAGAAACCAUAUGAAUGUAAUGAAUGUGGGAAGACCUUUAGGGUUAGCUCACAGCUUAUUCAGCAUCAGAGAAUUCAUACUGAAGAAAGAUACCAUGAAUGCAAUGAGUGUGGCAAAGCCUUCAAGCAUAGCUCAGGCCUUAUUAGACACCAGAAAAUUCAUACUGGAGAAAAACCGUAUCUAUGUAACGAGUGUGGGAAAGGCUUUGGGCAGAGUUCCGAGCUCAUCCGGCAUCAAAGAAUUCACACAGGAGACAAACCGUAUGAAUGUAAUGAAUGUGGGAAAACUUUUGGCCAGAACUCAGAGAUAAUCAGACAUAUUAGAAUUCAUACUGGUGAGAAGCCCUACGUUUGUAAGGAAUGUGGGAAGGCCUUUAGGGGGAACUCAGAACUUCUUAGACAUGAGAGAAUUCACACUGGAGAGAAACCCUAUGAGUGCUUUGAGUGUGGGAAGGCUUUUAGACGGACCUCUCACCUUAUUGUCCACCAGAGAAUUCAUACUGGAGAGAAACCUCAUCAGUGUAAUGAAUGCGCCAGAACCUUUUGGGACAACUCUGAGCUGCUUCUCCACCAGAAAAUCCACAUUGGAGAGAAACCUUAUGAAUGUAAUGAAUGUGAGAAGACAUUCAGCCAGCACUCCCAGCUUAUCAUACAUCAGAGAAUUCACACUGGAGAGAAGCCUUACGAGUGCCAAGAAUGCCAGAAGACCUUCAGUCGGAGCUCUCACCUCCUCCGACAUCAAAGUGUCCACUGUAUGGAAUGAUCUGCAAAACAGGAAAGCCUUCUGAGGGAAAAGCUGAAGUCAGACUUCAUGUUCUUAAUCUGCACCUCGAGUUCUCAGAUCAGAUGAAUGGGCAGAACUUCCCCUGUCCUUGUAUUGAUUUUUAUUUAAGCAGCUGGACAAAAAAGGAUGAGGCAGUUUUAUGAACUGUUCAUUGAGAAGUUUCAUUGUACUGAGUUAAAUCAUAAAAGCUGUUUCAGGCCUUAAUUCUCCUCUUUCCUUUUUCCUCCCCUUCCUCCUUCCCCCCUUGUGGAUCACAUAACAUUAGGGGUCUGCACCAGCCAUCUAGCCCAGAUUGUUACUAUUCAGGAAAAAUGGAAGAAUGUGAUUCCAUCACCUCCUAGGAAUGGCACAGUUGACCCCUUGAAUAUUAACCCCUGAAAUGUUAAAGUCUUGGCCUAGAAGACAUACCUCUCUGUCUUUUCCACUGUUUAGCACUGGGAUUUAGUAAGCUUUAUUAGCUUCAAAAUGUUCCAAACUCUCUAUCAAGUUUCCUUAGAAGAUGGCAGUAUUAAUGAAGAAGCAGGAAACUUGGGUCAUCUCCCAUCUAGGACUUCCUCAGUGAUUUGAAGAGGUGCCCUGAUGGAGGAAACUGACAGGCAAUUUACAGGAUCAUAAGUGAAGGCCCUCAGAAUCCAGAGAGGCUGAUUAGCAAGGCCAGGGGAAAAACAGGUGAGGCCAGGCCACUCAACAUGAGUAGAAGCAGCUCUUUCACAGCCGCUCAGACUGACUGCUCCCAAGAACUCUGCUGCGUUCACUUUUGGUCCCAGUUCCUGCUGCUGCUGCUGCUGCUGCUGCUGACAAAUCCUGUGUCAGGAAGUAGCUCAAAGAGGACUGUGCAGCUUCAUUGUCAGCAGGCACCAGGCCACAGUGAUAAGCAGGUUCACCUGACUGACCAGGGCCCCUGCCUUGCCAAAGCACUUAAGCUCUCAUGACCACUGUUGGGGGCCUUGGUUCAUGGACCAGAAUGUGAUAGCCUCUUCUCAGUUUGCCCUUGACCUUGGAAUUCUCUUUCUUCAACAUCUCUACAUGUGUUUUCUGUGUCCCCCUCUGUGUUUCUUUUUCCUCCAAGGAAACACAUCCUCAAUUUUUCAUGUGUCAGUGUUUCUGAGGCAGUCUUUCUGAGGUAGUGGGAAUUGCACUAAUGAGAAUCCAUCAGGCUUGGGGUUUGGUGUAAGAACUAGACCUUGAAUAAAGCACUUCACCUGCUGAUCCCUAGUUUCCUCAUCUGUAAAAUAAGGGGAGUUGAACUAAAUGAUCUCAAGUUUCAACCAACCCAAUAAUUCCUCAACUCUUUUUUAAAAACUUUAUGUAUCUUCAGUGUUUUAUUCUUUAAUCUCUUUGUUAAACUAAUACUAAUCACUAGUAUUUAUUGAAUUUUUACUAUGUGUCAGAACAAUGCCAGACAGUUUACAUUUUUAUUGUUACAGCCUCCCUAUGAUGUGGAUCCUCUCUUUUUAAAAACAGACAAACAAAACAGCUUUCUUGUGGUAUAAUUUACAUACCAUAAAAUUCUCCUGUUCUAAGUGUUCAAUUGAAUGCGCUUUAGUUUAUAGAGUUGUAUAACCGUUAGUGAUCUGGGUACUCUAGCCCAAUUUGAAAGGUGAGGGGCAGGGGAAAUGUCAGGUAACUUGAGCACAUGAUCAAGCUUAUGAUCACAAAGCUAGUAAGUGCUAGAGCCAAGACUCCAGCCCUGAGCUGUGCUCCGAAGCACUGUGCUGUACUCUGGGUAGGUGGUUGCAUUACUGCCUUAUUCAAAAUCCUUUGUACAUUUUCUAUUAAUUACUACAUGAAUUUGAAUAUAGCUGAUUUAAAUCAUGUCCUUGGAAACAUAACUGGUCAUAGCCCAAACCCAUCAAAUGGGUUUAUUCUUGUGUCCCAAUAUGUGUCCCCUCAGGUUCAUGUCCUUGGCUUGAGAAAAGGGCUGUAAAAAUAAGAUGAUUGAUUACACAGUUUCCACAUCCUUCCAGAUACCUCUAUUAGAGAACUAAUAGACUUUAGCAGUUCUUUAACUUACCUCUUUCCCAUGGGUGAUUACAAGUGCAGUGUGCUUUCAUUUCUUUUUUCAUUGCUCAAGCUCAAAUUGAAUUAUUCCCAAACAUAUCUUUCUUACUUGAAACCUGGAUGUCACCCAUUCCCUUAACUUCUGAUUCCUGUGUUUGAACAUUUUAUUGGCACAUACACCCCUUGCCAGCCCUUAAUAUAGAACUCAGCACCUCUUUAACACUCCCCACAAAGGAUCCCUUCACAUAAACAUACCCAUGAGUAAUACUGGCUUUACUGAAGAUUUUGGUGUGUAAAAAGUGGAGAAGGAGGUUCAUAUUCUGUUAGACAUUUUGUUCUCAGAGUGCCCUUGGACAAACUGCCACUGAAAAUUUUUCUCUUUGUCCUUCCCUCUCAGGUUUAUCACUUAAGCUUCUUUUUUCUUGCCAGAUAAUGAGCAACCCCCCACUUCCAGCUCCAUUACCUUCUUAAACCCACUGCUUAGCAAAGAGAAAAAAAAAAAACCCUUCAGUUAAAUAUACUAUUGGAACAUUAGAUGCAAUUUUGUGGCCAAUUUUUGUUGUGCUCGAUCCUAAUGUUAAGGGAGGAAGUUCUAUCUCAUUCUAGAAGAAUCUGCCAACAUAUAUUAGUGUUUUCCCAGGAGAAAUUCUGGUGAAUGAAAUUAUUUCCACCUUCUUAUAUACACACUUCCUGUAACCUCACUUCCUGCCUUUACCACCUCUCAUCCAGCUAGCUCAGACUCCUUUAUUUUCCUUGUUUGCCCCCUCCCCCUCAAUUUACUUGGGAGCCAGAAUCUGACCAUAAUGUAAUUACAACUGGUAGUCAUAAUCUAGUGCAAGUAGAAUUCUGUCAAGGAAAAAAAAGACUUAAGUUUUCUUAAUGUUAGACCCAUUAAAAAUACCAGGCCUCACAAUCUCAAAGACCUACUAAAAUACCCAGAAAUACCCUUCAUGAUUUUUGCAGCUAUGUCCAUGUAUAUUUUCACCCUUCCCUAAUUAAAGUUUUAUUGGUAUUCUAACGCUUUGUGUAAAUAAAGUAUUUCUUUACAAUUCUA